AACUCUCCUCGUCUUUCCAAACUUUCGUAUUGACAACUACCGUACGUGUAGUAUGCUUUAAGGUAUUUUCUCUUCCCUCCGUGAACGUGGGCUAGCGACUAGCGCGGAUAUUCGGAGUGAGCGCUCCGCACAGCUACGAAGCCGUCACAAGGUCUUCGUGGAUAAAUAGACCCAAGUCUCACAGCUGUGCGCUAUUCUUGCUCUUACAGUCAACAGGUUCCUUGAUUAGCUGUCCGCAGCUCCUUAGUUCUGCCUUUCCGCGUUAACGAACCCUCCCGAGAAGGUAAGCACGGCUCCGUAGUUUUGGUUCUCAAGCAGGUUUCUUAUAUACAAUCACUUAAAUACCUGCCUUAUCUAUCGCUAUCGGUUCCUCUCAGAUGAUCAUUGACGAAAAGUGGAUGCAUCCACCACCACCACCUUACUAUCGCCCUCCUCCUCCUGCGUUCGCAGAAACAGCAGCAAAUGCUACCAGCAAUGGAGAUAAUGCAUUGGCAAAGCCAACGUUCUCGACGCUACCAGCACACCUCCUGCUGCAGAUUGUCUAUUCGACAUUCCCACAGCGAGACGGGCAGUAUGAAGGUGAAGGAAAGAUUGAGAGACAGAGAUUGAAUUUGUAUUGGUUGGAAACUUCGUUGCGAUUGGUGAACAAGGCUCUUUAUACCGCUUGCAUGCACAUACUACGUUCCACUUAUCUUCCAGCGUAUGAGUCAUUAAUACGACCACCAUAUACCUCGGAUCCAUUCUCGUCAUCUAUACUAACUACUUCAACAACGUCAGAUUCAGCACCUGUUCAUCGUGAACUUGCUACUCUUGAUCUCUUCAUAGCCCUUCUGGCACAUGAGGAUCUUCUUCUGGACGCGACAUCAUUACAUCUUCCAAGAGAAGAAGCAUACAAGGAUUUGUUUGACAUGGUGCAGCCUCGGAGUAGGUUAGAAGAUCUGAUUUUGGAGGAAGGAAUCAACGCGGGUUUAGUCUAUGUAGGAGAUCCGCCGCCGCCGCCACAAUCAUCAACAGGACACGCCUCUGAUGACCUUGAAGCUGUCGUCUCAGCUCGUCCAGAGGUAACGGGUAUAGAGGUACCUCCCAUAAAACCCAGUUCGGCAACUUCUCCUCCCUCUCCCCAUUCAUCUCCACCUCCAACAAAACACUCAUUCAAUCCCUUCUCUCGAUCGUCAUACAUCUCCUUAGCAAAAUCCAAAAUUCGACGAACAUCCACGCCUCCCUCUCCAUCUACGCCUACAAGUCCUCAUGCGAAUGCCUCUAGUUCUAUUUCUUCUCCUACGCCUAUGAGUGUGGACUCUACAUCCCCUAAUCAUUCCUCAAACGAGCCACUCAAAUACCGAGUAAAUCCUCUUCCAUUUGAAGCACUUAGUGUUUCAUUCUCCCCGCGGAGAGUGGCACUGGUUUAUACACCUGCUAUAUCGGCUGUGUCGUCUAAUGUGGCAGCGUAUAACGGCAGUACGUUUGGUGCUCUGAGCGUCAGUGUGACUGGUCCAACCGCCGCUGGUGGUAUGAAGGCAAAAAAGACUUUGGUUGAGGUAGGCAGAGCAAGGGAGGAGAAGUUGGAGGUGAGCGCAAAACGACUCGUUGAGGGCUUGUAUGAGGCUAUGGCUGCCAGUGCAUUAUGAGGAUUUCAUCAACACCCUGAUCUAUCUUUCAAAGGGUCUUGUUAUGGGAUCAUUCGUAAGUUGAAGGGGUUAUCACACUGUCUCUAGUCGUAAAAACGGCUGCGCCAUUCUAUUAUAACUGUAAUGCGUACAUAGCCCUUGUUGUUGAGCCUUCAUCUGUUUAAAAUUGUAGUCAAUAAACACUGUCCUUGUCCGAACCCGACAUGGAACGGA